UUGCUGUCGUCACUGAGACAAUGGGCCAGUAUUUGGAACAUCUGGAGAACUUUAAGUUUGAUAUCAUUUCUGGAUGAAACGCCUCGGUUAGUGUUUAAAGCAGUCCAAAGCAACCACCCUUCACACCCUCUGCGUUUUGCUGUCCUUAGCUCAAGAUGAUCGAUGACCACUGAGUCGUUAGACGUCUUUUUCAUUCGUUUUGCUAAGAAAAGAAAUCCUGUUCAUGUGUUCAGUUGCAGUUGCUUGAUUUGGUCCCACUCUGGUACUUGGAGCAGCUUUCAGCUUCUCUCUCAGCUCAGAAGGAACAGAUAAACCAAGGUUUCUGACAGCUUCACAGCUUUUACUGUUUUUUCCCAUGAAUAAACCCCAGGUGAGCGGUGUAGUCUGUACUUUCUGAACCAGGCGAACAUGAUUUGCUCCCGUGCGUAAAACGAGGCACUUGCUGCGUCCUGGCGCGCAGGAUUGCUCCGUGUGGUUCGCGCUUCCUUCCCGCCCCGCUGCUGAGGGUCGGUGCUGAAGCAGGAGUGGCAUCUCAGGCGACAGAAUCUGGAUGAAAGCGCGUCCAUUAGAGCUCCGACAUGAGCGGGUUGUUAUAAAUAUCCCCGCGCCACGCAGAGCCGCUCCAGCCCCUGCAGCCACAGGGCCGUGCCAACGGGCGCUGCGCGCGCGUGUGCGCACGCCUACAGAGCUUUGUUGACCUCCGGAGCGAUGGGAGCGAAGGAAGUGGUGUAGCUCGAGACUCCAUCUUUGGAAGAAUGAAUGUUCUCCUCUACUUUCUGACCUUCGCUCAGUUGUUUUGCGUCGCAGCCGCAGCGGAGCGCGUCUCCGUGGAACUUCUGCAGCAGCGGAUCGGUUCUGGACGCAGGACGUGCAGGCUCUACUGUCGGGUUGGCAUCGGCUUCCAUCUGCAGAUCCACACCGACGGCAGGGUGAACGGCAGCCAUGAGCCCAACCAGCUGAGUGUUCUGGAGCUUUUUGCGAUUUCUCAAGGAGUGAUUGGCAUCAAAGGAGUUUACAGUAAGAGAUUCCUGGCCAUGAAUAAAAGAGGACGGCUUCAUGCCACUGAAAUCUUCUCAGACGACUGCAAGUUCAGGGAGCGGUUCCAGGAGAACAGCUACAACACCUACGCCUCCGUGGUCCACAAGAACCAAAGAACUGACCGUGAGUGGUUCGUGGCCCUCAAUAAAAGAGGGAAGGCUAAAAUGGGCUCCAGCCCGCAGGUCAAAUCCCAACAUGUCUCCACCCACUUCCUACCCAGGGCUAGCAUGCACGACAGGAGCGAGAGAGGCUUUAAGAUCACAGAGGGCAGCAAUGAGAGGAAGAAGCCUAAGUCUACACCUCCAAAGUCUCAAGUCCCACCAGGUUCUGUCCCAAGACGAGUCCAAGUCAAAUACUGGCCCAAGUACAGGUUUGGGUAGGGGUAAAGAAACCGGGCCUGGGAUUGUUUUCAAUGAUUCCCAGAAUCUGAAGCCUGGGACACCCUCAAAGGGCUCUGGGGAUUGGUGGAUGGACAAGGAAGAUCCUGUUUUGUUGUUUCUUCUCUACAUGACCUGUUACAAACCCGAGACCUGUCUGAGACUGGAGACACAGAGAGUCUAGAGUAAAGUUACUCUUUGUGUCAACUCCAAACUCAAAUUCAACCUUUUCCUUCUUCUGUAGGUAAGGACUAAUCUGGUCACUUUUAUCAUGUUUGGUGUUUUCUUAGAGGUAGAAUACCACCUGGAAUACUUUUAUAAUACAAAGUUAAAGUCAUUUUAUUGUCAUUUCUACCACAUGUGCAAGACAUACAGAGAACGAAAUUGAGUUUCAGUACACACAAUUCAGAGAUCAGACAUACAUGGGCAAGACACAUGACAAGAAUUGGUGACUGCGGUCAUUCGCAACAUGAGUCGCGCUACCUUCAUAGAUGAAAAGCAAUUUCAUGAGGAUAGGUUGGUGGAGGGGAAAAAACAGGCAUGCCAUAGUUACACCCGACAGGGCGUGGCUGUACUAUGCAAAAAAACCAAACACCUCAGACAUAUAAGCACGAACAUCACAGUUACAAAACAUCACAGAUAACAUCAGACUCCGAUAGGGAGGGAGGAUCCUGAAUCCUCCAACGGGAGCUGCCAGUGUACGGCGCUCAGCCAGCUGCAGUCAA